AUGAUCACAGAUUCCAUCGUUGGAUUAAGACUUAAAUUUCUAGGUGUUAAACUUCCAAUCAAAUAAAUAUCAACAGCAAUUUUAAUUAAAGUUCUUACAAACUAUUUAUAAAUCAUUUCAACAAUUUUUACAUUUAAACUAGAAUUACCUAUAAGCCUAUCAGCAGCUAUAAAUAUUUGUGCUAGUCCAAUUGAUUCUAUGGCCUAUUCUCUUGAUUGCUACCUAGUUACACUUGUUGAUGUUUUGAUCAUUUAUUUUAGAAUAAUAUGGAGUUUAAUCAUGGCUCUAUCCUAUUGUGUAAUUUUUAUAGGAUUAGGUGUUCUAGCAAUAGCAGUUAAGCUAAUUAAUCAUAACUUUACUUAUAUAAAUAUAUCGCUGAUUUAUUUGUUUAUAUAUUUAUAGCCAAAUUUAAUUGGACAACUUAUCUCUUUGGUAUCUUAUAGAAAAAUUUCGGAUGAGCUUUGGAUAUCAAGCAAUGUUGCUUAUAGAUAUGACACCUCAUCUCAUCUCAUAUGGAUUAUUACUUUUGACAUUCCACUUUUAUUAAUAUUAUGCAUCAUAAUUCCUACAAUUCUUUGGUACGGAGUUUACAAAAAUCGAUAUAAACUUGAAAAAACAGUAACUCGUAAAACUUGGGGAUAUUUAUACCAUGAGUACACAUAAACAGCUUAUUAUUGGGAAACUGUAAAAAUAUUUUACAAAGAAUUGAUAAUCUUGGCUCGAAUAUAUUAUGUUGAUCACAUAACUGUUAAAGCAUCAUUAAUUUUUAUAUUUUUAUUUUUAUAUAGCCUUAUUGCAAAGAAAAUUAAUCCAUAUAUGAAUAAAUAAUUGAAUGAUUUAGACUAAGAAUCAAUCAUUAUUUGUGCAAUUUCAAUUGUCUUAGCUUCUUCAUUGCAUUCAGCUUAGCAAAGUAAUCUUAAUGAAAUAAUCUGGCCUUUUUAUGUAGUCAUGGUCGGACUCAAUAGUUUUUAAAUUAUUAAAUUAAUUUUUGCAAUAAUAAUGGCAUAUUUUAACAAAAUUUUUAAUAAAAUUGAUGGAAUAAAAUAAAAGAUAUUUGCUUGUUUACCAGUUAGAAUUCGCUCUGUUCCAAAAAUUUAGAAAAUCUUUGAAGCAAGAUAAAAUUAAUUAGUUAGAAUUUAAAGAAGAUUUGGCAAAUUAAAGAAACAUUUAAUAACUAUGGCAAAAGACAAUUUAAAAGCAAAGAAGUAAAAUUAUUAAUAAUAAAAUUAAAGAGAAAGCAGUCUAUUUUUACAUCAAAGUUUAUAAAAUUCUUUAAAAGGAAGAAAUUUAAAAUCUACCGACAAUAUUAUAAGAUAAUGUACUUAUAUAACAUUUAGAAAUCAAUCGAGAGUUAGUUCAAGACCUAAUGAAGAACACGAUAAUUAACUUUGUAGAACAUAAACUCAAAGAGAAGAAUCUUCAAUGCUUUGA